AUGCAAAACGUAAAAAGUUAUUUUUCGUCAUGGAAAACAUUUUGGAAAUCUUCGACGAAUUCCUACCAAACACGUACAUUAUCACUGGCGCCAUCAACUAUUAAUUUUACUAAUUCAAGUUUAGGCGAUUUAAAAGAUUCAACUAUUGAUGAAAAAUUAAUGAUUGAUAUAUCGACAAAAUUAAUGAAUAGUACUUCUCCACCUAAAUUACAAAUAUGUGCACAUAAUAAGCAAUGGUUUGCAUUGAAUAAUAGUCAUUUACUUGUUUAUCGUCAAUUAGAACGUAUUGGUCUCUGUGAUACUGUUGUUUGCGAUGUCAUUCGAAGUGAAGAUAUACCACUAGGUAUUCGAGAAUCACUUGUACCUGUGGUAAAGCGUCAACAAAAGCCUGAUAGUUGUUGUCAAAAUUCACGAGAACACAUGGAAGAUCAAAAUGUGCUUAUGGAUGACGAAGGUCAAGAUGAAAUUAUGUAUUUUUCUGAUGUUCAAGCUGAUUCAUGUGGUUGUUUAGAAGGCGAAGAUCAAUGCGAUAGCAGUAAUAUAACAUAUGGUGAUAGUGAUCGAGACGGAGAUUCCGAUGAUGAACAAACAAGCUGGCCAACAAAAACAUUUUCUCUAACGAGACUUAGUACGAUUGGUAAUAGUCGAUUCGAUGAUAUUGACUUAGAUGACGAUGGCACUGAAGAUCAUCAAAAGGAAAUGCAAAGCCUUUUGUAA